AAGUAUGAAUUAUGGAUUACUCUUAUAUUUUGACACUAUUUGUGUUUUUUACACUAUCGCACUUUCGUAAAAUCAAGUAUGAAGUAUGAAUCAUGUCCCUCGCCCUUGGCCUGGCAAUCACGGCAGCUCUCUUCAUGGAUCAGGCGUCGAUCGUCCUCGCCUCCGCCUCGAGGGUCUCGAUCGGGGCCGCUCCAGUCCAGAAGGGCAAUAGGAGAAUGAUUCUGGAUUUUUCAAAGAUUAUUGAACGCAUUUCAACAAUAUAUGUUUAUGUAAACCUUUCUCUGCACUUCGCCAUUCUUCGAUCUCUCUGUGCCUGCCUUCAUUUUCCAGCCAUGGUGGCCAUCAUCGCCCGCUCGCAUUCUCCUCUCCGUGCCCGAUUGCUUCCAUGGGCGUGCUUCAUCUUCCCCGAGAUUAGGUCAAGUAGAUGCGAUUUCUCAACCAUCUGCCAAGAACGCCUACUCACUCACGGGCAUGGGAACAAACCACUAUAGUGGAUUGCCUUCCCUUCAUUCUCGGCAUAUACGAAUUCUCAACAAAGUGGAAGCAGAAGCAACAGCAAGACUUGGAUUUUGGUCCACCAAAAUGCAGUGCUGAGCUUCACAUUCUUCUCCAAAUAUCAGAGUGAUCCUUGUUUACUAUCCUACUUGAAAGUACUAAUAUCACGUUCAAGAAAUUGGCUUCAGAUUAUUAAGGAUUGCCACGUUGAACUGUUGGGCAAUUGAGUGAAAUACCUGAUAGUAAACAAUCAUAGCACCAAAAGGAAGGAUGAAAGUUUCAAGCUUGAAUGAUGUGACUCCCGAUGAACAAGAAGUCAUCAAUGAUUUCCAGAGUGAAAGUAAACUGCAAGAGUCAAAGAAGAGGAGUGACAGCAUACCAUAUUACAAGCUUUACUCCUUGGCUGAUAGAACAGACUAUUUUUUACUGAUUAUGGGCACAAUAUCAGCUAUCUUGAAUGGCAUCUCCCUACCUAUGUCAACGGUGUUUUUUGGAGAUAUGGUUAAUGCUUUCGGGAUGAACAUAAAUAUAAGAAGCAUUGCUCAUGCAGUUUCCAAGGUCUCUCUCAAGUUUGUAUAUUUAGGCUUGGCAACUGGCAUAGCAUCAUUACUUCAGGUGGCUUGCUGGACGAUCACUGGGGAAAGACAAGCUGCAAGGAUUAGAAAUCUCUACUUGAAAGCCAUACUUGGACAAGAUAUUGGAUUCUUUGACAUGGAGGCAAACACAGGAGAAGCCGUGGCAAAGAUGUCAGGUGGCACAUUUCUCAUUCAAGACGCCAUGGGUGAAAAGGCUGGAAAGUUUGUCCAGUUGCUGUCAUCAUUCAUUGGAGGGUUUAUUAUAGCAUUCAUUCAAGGAUGGCAACUUACACUAGUUAUGCUGUCCACCAUUCCUCCUAUGGUUCUUGCAGCUGCAAUCAUGGCUACUCUCUUGACCAAGAUGGCAGCUCAUGGACAGACAGCUUAUUCAGAAGCAGCUGCAACUGUUGAACAAACAAUCAGCUCAAUUAGGACUAUUGCCUCUUUUACUGGAGAGGAACAUGCUAUAAAGAAAUACAAUAGAAGUCUGAGUGGUGCUUACAGGGCCAGUAUUUUGGAAGGCUUGUUUGCAGGAAUUGGCUUGGGUGCAACUUUUGCUAUUCUUUUCUUCGGUUAUGGUUUAGGAAUAUGGUACGGGUCUGAGUUAAUAUUGAAGCACAACUAUACUGGAGGAGCUGUUUUCAAUGUAAUUCUUGCAGUCAUUACAGGCGCCAUGUCUUUAGGGCAAGCCUCACCAUGUACAAGUGCUUUUGCAGCAGGACAAGUAGCAGCAUUCAAGAUGUUUGAGACAAUCAAAAGGAAGCCUGAGAUAGAUGCAUAUGAUACCACUGGAACCACAUUGGAUGACAUUAAAGGAAAUAUUGAAUUAAAGGAUGUCUACUUUAGCUAUCCAGCUAGACCUGAUGAUCCAGUACUAAAUGGAUUGUCUUUAUUCAUUCAAAGCGGAACUUCUGUUGCUUUAGUUGGAGAAAGUGGAAGUGGAAAGUCAACCAUAAUCAGUCUAAUAGAAAGAUUUUAUGAUCCACAAGCUGGUGAAAUUCUUAUAGAUGGAAUCAAUCUCAAGGAUUUUCAGUUGAGAUGGAUAAGAGGGAAAAUUGGACUUGUUAGCCAGGAACCAGUUCUCUUUGCAUCUAGCAUUCGGGAAAAUAUUGCUUAUGGCAAGGAUGGUGCGACUGUUGAUGAAAUUAAAGCUGCUGUUGAGCUAGCCAAUGCUUCCAAAUUUAUCGAACAACUACCUCAGGGUCUUGACACCUUGGUUGGAGAUGAUGGAAUUCAACUCUCUGGCGGACAGAAACAAAGAGUUGCAAUAGCUAGAGCUAUUCUUAAGGACCCAAAAAUAUUAUUACUAGAUGAAGCCACCAGUGCUCUUGAUGCAGAAUCUGAAUUUAUCUUGCAGGAAGCGCUUACUCAUGCCAUGCAAAAUACAACCACUGUCAUUGUUGCUCAUCGAUUGACCACAGUGAGGAAUGCCAACAUGAUCACUGUAGUUCAUAAAGGGUUAAUAAUAGAAAAAGGUACACAUGAUGAGCUCAUUCGGAUUCCAUACGGAGCUUAUAACCAACUUGUAAGGUUCCAACAAGUGAAGCAAGAUGCUGAUCAACAUACUCCACUUGACCAGGUGAAGUCAUAUGCUAGUGUUGACCAACAGUUGAUUCAAUAUACAUCAUCCCAUCUGUCAACCAGUAGACGCGAAAAUCAGCAUGCAUCAUCAGAAUCCUUUAGGUUGCCCUCUGGAAAACUAGAUAUUUCCAUAGAGAUCCCCCUUCCUGAAGGGCCAUCAGAGAAUCUUGAAGUACCACUUCACCGCCUUGCUUAUCUUAAUAAACCAGAGCUUCCCAUUCUACUGAUAGGUUCACUUGCUGCCAUAGUUAGUGGUGUUCUACUGCCCAUUUUUGCAGUUAUCUUGUCAAGAGUAGUGCAUACCUUGUUUGAGCCACCAAGUAAGCUUCACAAGGAUUCCAAAUUUUGGUCAUUGAUGUUAACUUUUCUUGGCUUGGUAACCUUGAUAUCAAUUCCAAUUAGAGCUUUCUUGUUUGCUAUUGCUGGGUCCAAGUUAAUAAAAAGAAUCAGAUCAAUGUCCUUUGACAAGAUUGUUCACAUGGAGAUUGAGUGGUUCGACAAGCCUGAAAACUCGACUGGAGCAAUUGGUGCAAGACUUUUUGUAGAUGCAGCAGCAGUGAGGAAUCUUGUUGGUGAUACUCUGGCACUUUUGGUUCAGAAUGUUUCCACCUUGGUUGCUGGUUUGGCGAUUGCUUUAUUGGCAUGUUGGCAGUUGGCUCUUUUAGUCCUAGCUUUGGUGCCUUUGAUAGGCCUUAAUGGAUGGAUUCAGUUAAAGUUCAUGAAGGGAUUGACUCAAGAUGCAAAGGUGAUGUUUGAGGAAGUAAGUCAGGUUGCUACUGAUGCAAUUAGAAGUAUCAGAACAAUUGCUUCUUUCACAGCUGAAGAGAAGGUGAUGGAAAUUUAUCGGAGGAAAUAUAAAGGUCCUAUGAGUAAUACGAUAAAGCAAGGAUUGAUUGGUGGAGUAAGUUUUGGUCUCUCCAACACUUUAUUGUUCUGUGUAUAUGCAACUGCUUUCUAUGCUGGAGCCAUGCUCAUAAAGGAUGGCAAGACCACAUUUUCAGAUGUUUUUUGUGUCAUCUUUGCUCUGAAUUUUGCUGCGAUAGGAAUUACACAGUAUAGUUCGCUCGCACCCGACUCUGCAAAAGCAAAAACCGCUACAGCUUCCGUGUUUGCCAUACUUGACCGGAAGUCCAAGAUUGAUUCCAGUGAUGAUUCUGGUACAACAUUAGACUUAGUAGAGGGAAAUAUUGUUUUUGAUCAUGUCGGCUUCAGGUACCCCUCUAGGCCAGACGUCGAGAUCUUUCGUGAUCUAUGCUUUAAUAUUCAAUCAGGAAAGACGGUUGCUAUCGUCGGUGAAAGUGGAAGCGGGAAAUCAACUGUGCUAUCGCUGCUCCAAAGAUUUUAUGACCUUAAUUCCGGUCAUAUACUGCUAGAUGGAGUUGACAUACGAAACCUACAGAUCAGGUGGUUGAGGCAGCAAAUGGGUCUAGUUAGUCAAGAGCCUGUACUGUUCCACGAUACGAUUCGAGCCAACAUUGCAUAUGGAAAAGAAGAUGCCACUGAGUCAGAGAUAUUGGCAGCUUCAGAGUUGUCUAGCGCGCACCAGUUCAUAAGCGGGUUGCAUCAGGGCUAUGACACUUCGGUUGGCGAACAAGGUACCCAAUUAUCAGGUGGGCAGAAACAACGGCUGGCUAUUGCACGCGUGAUCAUAAAGCAUCCAAGGAUCUUGCUGUUCGACGAGCCUACCAGCGCCCUUGAUUUGGAGUCUGAACAUAUAGUGCAAGACGCACUUGAGAGAGUGAUAGUCAACUGCACGACUAUCAUCGUUGCGCACCGAUUGUCCACCAUUAAAGGUGCCGAUACGAUUGUGGUGCUCAAGAACGGAGCGGUGAUAGAGAUGGGCAAGCAUGAGGAUUUGAUCAAUGUAAAGGAUGGGGCUUAUGCAUCACUCGUAGCAUUUCAGUCAGGCUAAUAUCGUGAAUGUUGCCUUGCAUCGCCAUUGUAUCUUAUACAAGGGCAUUGUCAUCGUAGCACGAUAUUAGAUUUGUGAAUCACUCUCGUCUCGCCUUUACGAUAAGUAGGGUGAGUAGCUUGACUAGUUAUGUAGUGGUUAUGUUUCGACAACAUAGUGACAUUAACAAAGAGAUGCAAUUGAGCAUCACAUAUUGAACCUCUAUAAUUGCAUUUUUAGCUUAGGGCUACGGUAUAACGGAAGGAUGUUAAGUUGUCACUUAGAUAUCUAUCGUUUAAUUCUCA